GCAGUGCAACAAUAUCAAUUGUACUUAUCUCUGCACUCAUCUAUGCAACGCCACCUUGACUAGCGUGGUGAAGUAUGGUCAAUAACCUCACGGCCCACAGUGUGGAGAGACCCUCAUCCAGCAGUGGAUUGACACGUGACUUUAAAUACAGUAGUACCUUAAAUAUUCGUAAUAACCAUUGUCUAAAACUAUAAACUCGACAAGCCAAGCAGGACCAUGUGUCUCUUGUAAAACAUAAAAAAUGUAAAGGCUUAGUAGCAAGGACUGUGCAUUUUCCUGUUACUGUUAACAUUUAACAUUUGUGGUUUUGCAGAGAGAAAAUGAAGUUUAAAGAGAGGGAAGAAGCCUGGUACAAGAUUGAAAUUCUCGCCAAAUCGAAUCCUCAGGACCUGAACGGUGCGGUUGUGUCCAUGGAGACUGGUACCCCGUCCUCAGAAGACAUCAUGCUGCUCAAGAAAAGCAUGGAGACCGAGGCGGUGCAGGUGCAGAACUCGAAAGGCGAAGGGAAGAAGGUGCUUCUGCAGAGGAAGUCUGAGCAUCCCCAGGACAUGUCAACCAUGCGGGCAUUGGAGGUGCACAGGCGUGCCGAGGAAUACCUGUCCACCUCACCCGAGGCCAUGUGAUCUGCUCCCUUUCUCCCACUCCCAGCGCCUCUGGUUGCCAGCACUCCUCUUCCUCGCAGCCCUGAGGGGCCAAAUUCUGACCAGCGAUCGUUGGGGUUUCGUCUCCACGCUCAAUGAAGAACUCACCGAAAGUGUAAUUUUAUUUCCCCCCCUCCCCACCACCUACCGCCCCACCCACACUCGCCUGCCCGCGGCCGGCUGCCCUGGAGAAAGGUGGUCACCCAGCGGUCCUAAGGGAGGUAACAGCACUUAGGUGUUCCAAAUGGGGGACUUUUGCGGUGACAUCUUUCUCCACACUGGAAGGCGUCAUCUUGUUUAUACCGAAACAGAUUGCACUCUAAUUUUGAAAACUGAAGCUCUUUUGGACGUGUGCCGAGGGGACCCAGGCGGUGCUAGAGGGAACGACAAAGAAAGGCCUACAAGAAGGAC